GACGGAGGCGGCGGCGGCGGCGUUAGCCGGCCCCUUGCGCUCUUUCCCUUCCUGGGGCGCCGACCCCGCCCGCCUGCUUGCUAGCUUGCCGGCCGGGCGCCACGCAAGAGAAGGCGCCAGGGGACGCGGAGCGGCGCGCGGCCCCAGCCAGUUCGGUCUCCGGCGUUAGCGCUGCGGCCGUGGCGGAGGACGAAGGCGACAAGGACGAGGGCCGCUCUCCCCGCUCCCUGCGUGCGGCGCCGCUCCGCUCCGCUGACCAGCCCUCGGGAGUGCAGGCGGGGAGGCGGGAUGGAGUGAUAGGGAAGAUGUUUGUGGAUUCUUCUGUGGGAUCAGAGGGCACACCUAAUGUAAUCAGAAAACUCCAAGAAUAGCAGCAGGGAUGGAUGAACAGGCUCUUUUAGGACUAAAUCCAAAUGCUGAUUCAGACUUCAGACAAAGGGCCCUGGCCUAUUUUGAGCAGUUAAAGAUUUCCCCAGAUGCCUGGCAAGUGUGUGCAGAAGCUCUAGCCCAGAGGACCUACAGUGAUGAUCACAUGAAGUUUUUCUGCUUUCAAGCAUUAGAAUAUCAAGUUAAAUAAAUGCUGAAUCCCCAACCAGAGAAGACCUUUAUACGAAAUAAAGCAGCCGUCUUCGCCUUGCUUUUUGUUACAGACUAUCUCACUAGAUGGCCCAAGUUUUUUUUUGACAUUCUCUCAGUAGUGGACCUAAAUCCAAGGGGAGUAGAUCUGUACCUCCGAAUCCUCAUGGCUAUUGAUUCAGAGUUGGUGGAUCGUGAUGUGGUACAUACAUCAGAGGAGGCCCGUAGGAAUACUCUAAUAAAAGAUACCAUGAGGGAGCAGUGCAUUCCAAACUUGGUGGAAUCAUGGUACCAAAUUUUACAAAAUUACCAGUAUACUAAUUCAGAAGUGACAUGUCAGUGCCUUGAAGUAGUUGGGGCUUAUGUCUCGUGGAUAGACUUAUCCCUUACAGCCAAUGAUAGGUUUAUAAAUAUGCUGCUAGGUCAUAUGUCAAUAGAAGUUCUACGGGAAGAAGCAUGUGACUGUUUAUUUGAAAUUGUAAAUAAAGGAAUGGAUCCUGUUGAUAAAAUGAAACUAGUAGAAUCUUUGUGUCAAGUAUUACAGUCUGCUGGGUUUUUCAGCAUUGACCAGGAAGAAGAUGUUGACUUUCUAGCCAGAUUUUCUAAGCUGGUAGAUGGAAUGGGACAGUCACUGAGAGUUAGUUGGACUAAAUUAAUUAAGAAUGGGGAUAUCAAGAAUGCUCAAGAGGCACUACAAGCUAUUGAAACAAAAGUGGCGCUGAUGCUGCAGCUACUAAUUCAUGAGGAUGAUGACAUCUCUUCUAACAUUAUUGGAUUCUGUUACGAUUAUCUUCAUAUUUUGAAACAGCUUCCAGUGCUCUCGGAUCAGCAAAAAGCUAACGUAGAGGCAAUCAUGUUGGCUGUUAUGAAAAAACUGACUUAUGAUGAAGAAUAUAACUUUGAAAAUGAGGGUGAAGAUGAAGCCAUGUUUGUAGAAUAUAGAAAACAACUGAAGUUAUUGUUGGACAGGCUUGCUCAAGUUUCACCAGAGUUACUGCUGGCUUCUGUGCGCAGAGUUUUCAGUUCUACACUGCAGUAAGUUUGUUACUGUUUUUGUAAU